AUGAAUGGAACUGGAGAUGAACCCAAGGACUUCAUUAAAUUGAGUGAAGACAAGCUCUCUGCUGACGAAGUAUCAGCCCUGGUGGUUUCUCCCUGCUGUGGGGCUGUGUCCCUCUUCAUAGGCACUACCAGGAAUAACUUUGACGGGAAGAAGGUCAAACACUUAGAAUAUGAAGCAUAUGCACCCAUGGCCGAAGUGGAACUAAAGAAAAUAUGCACAAAUAUAAGAUUAAAAUGGCCCUCAGUCAGACAUAUAGCGAUACAUCAUAGACUUGGUACGGUUCCCAUUAGCGAAGCCAGUGUGAUUGUGGCGAUCUCGACUCCUCACAGAGCAGAAUCUCUUGAGGCUGUGCAGUUCUGCAUCAAUACGUUAAAAACAACCGUACCCAUCUGGAAAAAGGAGGUCUAUGAAGAAGAAUAUUCCUGGAAAGAAAACAAGGAGUGCUUUUGGGCUAAGACAGUUGAAUAAAACUCCUCCAACCUGGAAGAUAAUUUGGCAAAUUUGCAGGAAAUCUCAUGAACCAAUGCACAAAGUAUUUUAAAGGAAUUCUCUGUGUUA